AUGAAGAGGCUACAGAUCCAGGACAUCCAGUUAUCACCAACACAAGUUGUCACUACUAUCAGAUAUUCAGAGAGUCAUCCUGAAGAAGCACUUUUUCCCAUGGCUCAUUCAGAACAGUUUCCCAAAAGGUUAGAAUGUGGACAAGUCCCUGAGAGCUUCUGCAGGCAAUUAACACAGAGAGGGUUUGGAAGCUUCACAAAAUCCCAAGGGUAUUCUUCAAAAAACGAUCUCACAAGAGUUAAUUCAAGCCAGAUAAGUUUGCAUUCAUCUUUCUUUUGUGGUUUCCAGGAAAUUAAAUUUCAGCAAAUGUUUUCAUCAGCUGACCUAAGUAUAAAAUUUCCAGGAAGAAUGCCAAAUGAAUUAGUCAAAGAACAACAGCCAACACCAACAGGUGGGCUUUUUGGUUCCACUGCUGAGGAAAACCUUAUUGACAAGAAAGCAAGGAGGAAGAGAUUUCUAGAUUACCUAAUGCCCCGAAGCAGACGGAUAAGCACAGGUUCUCCAUUUGUCUUAGGCAUGGCUUUUGCCAAACCCCUUCUGAAAUGGCGUCUAAUGGCAGAAGGGCACAGCUCUUAUCUCUCAUCUGAUGACCAAAGGCUCACUUUUAAACAAGCUUUUCGGCGUUGGAGUGAAGUGGCACCAAUUGACUUCGAGGAGGACCUCACUUCUGACAUGAUGGAGAUAGAUAUCAAAUUAGGCUUUGGGACAGGCAGGCAUUUUGGAUGUCCACAGCCGUUUGAUGGAAAUGGACAGGAGCUAGCCCACACUGUAGAGCCUGGUGAAAUCCAUUUUGAUGAUGAUGACCUCUUCAGCACCUCCAGCUCAGAUCAUGGAAUCAGCCUGCUUAAGGUUGCAGUACAUGAAAUCGGUCACGUGCUGGGACUCCCUCACCUGCUUCGGCCUGGUUCAGUGAUGCACCCUUUCUACCUCCAUGUAGGUGAUUCUGUGGAGCUUUCAUUGCAUGACAGAAGGGCCAUUCAGCAACUCUAUGGGGUGUGUGAGGGACCCUUUGACACCAUUUUUGAUUGGGUCUGGAAGGAAAGAAACCAGCAUGGGGAGCUGGUGUCUCGAUUUAAUACCUACUUCUUCAGGAAGAGCUGGUACUGGAUGUAUGAAAACCGUAAUAACCGCACACGCUAUGGGGAUCCUCACCGUGUGAGCUCUGGUUGGAGAGGCAUUCCUUCUGAGGGCAUUGAUGCCUUUGUUCAUGUGUGGACCCACUACGAGGAUACAAAGUAUUUUUUUAAAGGAACACAAUACUGGCGCUAUAAUUGGGAAACAGAUGAGUCAUAUAUUGAAGAUCCCCUUGGCAAUCAUUAUCCCCGCACAAUCUCUCAGGGUUUCCCUGGCAUUACAGGUCCAAUUGACACAGCCUUCUUUGACAGACAUGAUCACUGCAUUUACUUUUUCAGAGGAGCUUUGGUUACUGCUUUCAACAUCACUAGUAAUAAGAAAGUGGCUGGCUACUCCAAGAGAAUAAUUGAUGUUUUUCCUGCUACACACCCUGAAGACCACCCGAUUAUGAACCUAGAUGCUGCUUAUUACUCCUACAGCCAUCAAGCACUCUUCUUGUUCAAAGGACUCAACUUCUGGCGAGUGGCUGGGACUCGGGACAGGAUGAAAGAUCCAUCUUUGUCUCAUAACGCAUUACUCCCACACCAUAGGGUUACCGAGCAAUGGUUUGACAUUUGCGAUGUUCAUAUGAGCAUGUUAGCUAAAAAAUGAGCAAGAUGCUCCUUUGGAUUACGCAACAGAGCCAUUUCUCUUAGUGGCUUUUGUUAAGUUGUUUGCAGCAUCACGUCUGUCCUUUGAGAUGUGCUCCAUUAGAAGGAGAGAUUGAUCACCAACAGAGGGGUAGCAGGCACAGUUAGAAGUUGGAUUACAGGCUAAUCUGAGUGAAAAUGGGGAGUCCUCUCCAGCACAGUCUAUUGAAGAGGCUCUGUCAA